AUGGAAAGUACCGUCUCUCGAAUUGUCCUCCCAACUACAUUUUCGGAAGCUCAAAACCUUACGAAACGGAUAUGGGAUGAUAUAAGAGAUACUUUGCAACUAAAAAAUCAAACAGAAUUAGCAAAAUGGAUAUCAGAUUCCAAAGAUUAUCUUACAACAUUAUCAGAAGUCAAAGAUAAUACUUCAUUGUUAAAACUAUAUAUAGGGCUUACAUCCUUAUGCCAUUUUUUUCUCGAUAACCUUUCAGAAUUAUAUCCAUUAUUCGAUACUCUUCUUUCAAGUCAAAACUCAAACAACAUGUUAAUAUUUUCGAAUUUUAUUGCAAAAGUAGCCCAGAAAACAUGCGAAACUGAUGAAAAAUUUUCCAGAAGAUAUUUAAAUAGAGGCAUAGGUCUAAUUAAAGCACGUACUGAUAAUACAUCCAACAUGAUGGGUUUAUUUUUAAUAAGAGAAAUAUCUACUCACCUUCCAUAUUUUUUUAUUUACAAUUAUCCAGCUGCGAAUCAACUUCUUUUGCCAUAUAUUAUAUCAACGAACGAUUCAAUACGAACACUAGCACUCGAUGUAUUUACCAAAUAUAUAUCAAUCCUCACAAGAGCUCACGGAAAUCGACAACACAAGCUAACUAUACGUAACACAUUUAAUUAUGCAAUGAAUUUACUUAGAGAUCAACGAAAAUAUUCUACACACGGAGCUUUAGGCAUAAUGAAUGCAGUUAUUUCGAUGAGAUUAUUUCCAUCGGAUGUACAAGCUUCUAAGUUCUAUACAGCGAUAUAUCCAUUCACGAAGAACAGAGAGAUGAUUAUUAAAGCGCUUUCAUACAAAGUAAUUUCACUUAUUUCAUUGAUUGACGCAGAUUUUUUUCUAAAUUCGAUUUGGGAGUCAUAUUUAACAGAACUAAAUGAUUUAUCGAAAAGUCCAGAUGCUAUUCCACCACUACUCGACAUUAUCUUCAGUUUAAUCAAGUUUUUGCCUCAGCCAAAGAAAAUAAUUAAUAAUAAUUUAAUUUCUUUAUUUUUAACAAUAACAUAUCAAGCAACAAACUUAUAUUAUCCAAUGAUUGUUGAUAUUAUAGCUAAAAUCAUUCAAAUCGAUCCAGAUUUCUUCAAUAUAAAUACUUCGAUGUUAUUUAGCAUAAUAAACCCAGUAAUGUUCGAAAGGAAGUUUAUAGAUUUAUUUCCAAAGUUAAUUAAAGAGAUCCCACCACUAAUUAAACAGUUUUCGGAAGGAAUUUUAUUUAAAAUUGCAAAUGAAGUCACAUCGAGCGGCCAAGACUCAUUAAGUGCGCUCAAACUAAUUCCGCUUAUUCCAGAUAUUCCAUUUGGAUACAAAGAAGUCCUUUACGAAGCCUCAACAAGUUAUUUAUUUUCCAAAGACGGAGAUUUAAGGGUUACUGCUUCCAGGGCUAUAUUAUAUCUAAGCUCCAGCCACAGAUCUCUCGAUCAGAUCCUUAAAAUACUCAGUUCCACCCUGUCAGAACCUUCACCCGAAAUCAAAGUCAGUUUUAUUGAAAUUUUUGAUGAAUUUUACUACGAAAUAUUAGCGCAAAAACCUGUUUUGAACUUCCUUGAGAUCCUUGCGAAAGAUGACUCUCCACUUGUCCGCAUUUCCGACUACAAUUUACUAAAAAAACUCCGACCAUUUAGUCCGAUCCAAGUUGACGUAAUUUUGCGACACGCGAUUCGAUUUCAUUUCAUGAACAUUGUGUGCACGAACUUAGUCUUUGAACGGACAAAGUACUUGCAGUCAUUUCCAGCCUUACUUGAAGCAGCCAACCAAAUGAUUCCGAUGUAUUCAACACUAGUUUUACCUCUUUGUAUCCACAUAUUUUCAACAAGAGGAAAAGAAGUUAUAAGUGUCCAGACAGAACAUGAGAAUCAGAUGACAUAUCACUUGAUAGAAGUAAUACAAGUCAUUCUGAGAAACAACAAGGAACUCAUCCUUCCUCACAUCAAAAACAUUUUCCCUUUGUUCACUUCUAUACUUGGAGAAUACUCAGACAAACACAUAAAGAAAAUCAUCAUCAAAACAUUCUCUAGUUUCGUGGAACAAAGCGAAACUCCACCAGAAAUUUACUCAAUUGCGCCUCUCCUGCUGGAAAACUUGAUGAAUAUCAUAGCAACAUCGAACUCUACAUUACUAAGAGUAAGCGCAAUCAACUUAAUUGGUCAAUGUGGAGCUGUAACUCCGCAGAGAGUAUUCGGAUCAAAAAAAUUUUCUCAGAGAGUAGUUGAUACUGACUUCCACGACAUAUUCAAGCUCCAGGAUCAACAGUCGAUCAACUCGUAUUUCGGACAAUACAUUAUUAACAGAUUACACGCGAUGGUCGACGACAGAUCUCUCUCUAGCCUUAGAGAAAAGACAUUAACUGUAGCAAUAAACGUUUUGGCAUACAUGGAUGCUCCGAAUCCUGCUUCUUUGGAAAAAAUUAUUAAUAUUGUGUUACAAUAUUUGAGAGAAAAGAUAGAUAGUCAGAAGAUUGUAGCUCUAAGUCAACUGGAAACACUAAUAUAUAUAACAAAACAAAGAGUUACCCCUUACAUUCCUGAAAUUAUGAAUGAAAUUAACAAUAUCUGGAUGAACCCUUUCCUCGAAAGCAUAAUAUCCGUUGUAACAGCUUUGGUUAUUGUCAUACACACAGAUUUUUCCGAUUUCUGGGGCCCAAUCGUUCCAAAAUUGCUAGAAACUUUGGCUUCUGCUUACAUUACAAAACCUAUUGUCACUUUUUUAUGUUUACGACUUGUUGCAUUAUUAAGUCCUAUUUCGCAACAGAUUUGUCAACUUGCAUUGCCACAGAUCUGCUCAAUUAUUUCUGAUGAUUUAGUUCAGAACGAGACGAAAAUAGGAGCUUUAGAAAGUUUGUUGUAUAUUUCACAAAAUGGAAAUCCAUUGAAUUUCAUUGCUGCCAUUUUCUCUGCUCUUUUCGGGAUAUGCCAAUCGAAUAGCAACAAAGACGUGUAUAACUUGGCAAGACAAGUCUUAUACACUUUGUUAGUUAGAAUUGGUUCUUCAAGCAGUUUGUAUAUUUACAGAAUUUCUGAUUUGUUUAUUGAUGAUCAAGAAACGAAAAACAACUGUUUGCUGAUAAUCCAAAAGACAGAAGAAACAGAGAACUUACAGAUCACUGACUUUCCUUUCAUUCAAAAGUCGAGUUUGAACCAAAUCCACGCAAAACUUCCCAAAGUAAAUGAUUUCGAUCCAUUGCAAAUCAUUUAUUUCUUCAAAUUGAGGGAAGCUGAAUCAACAACAAGAUGGAACAACUGGUACAGAAAGGCAUUGUUAACAUUGAUAUCUUACGCGCCUUGUCCUGUUGUUUCUACUUGUGUUGAACUCGCAAAUGUACAUCAACCUUUAGCUGACUAUCUUUUCUUUCCUGCUUUGUUGAGUACUUGGAAACAAUUGUCUAUUGAAUUCAAGUCAUUGUUGUCGAAGGAAUUCAGCGAAAUCUUGCAUCAUCAGCAGAUACCGAAUGAGAUAUUGGAAAAGUUCAUUACUAUCUGCGAACUGAUGGAGAAAAGCGAGAAUCCUUUGCAAUUUGAAACACAAGAUUUCUUGACUUUGUGUACAAAGGCAAAAUUGUAUUCUCUUGCUUUUUACGAUGCACAGGACAAAUACAUGCAAAAUCCAUCGCCUGAAGCAGCCAUUCCUAUCAUUGAAAUUGCGCACCAAGCGAACAGAUUGUCUGCUGUUAAAUCUUUAAUAGAAGUUGUUCCGAAAAGUCAAACAAAACACAUGUUGAUGAGAUUGGGACAAUGGGAUUUAGCUUUGAGAGUUUUUGGUGAAAUUAUCGAUUGUCCAAAUCCAGAAAUCGAAGAUUUCAGUAGCUAUCUAACUGCUGCAUGCAAUCUACAUAGAUAUGACUUGAUCUUGGACCAGAAAGACAAGUUCGACCAGUUCACAAAACAAGAACAAAAGAAAAUCGCAUUUAAUUAUGCAUGUGCGAGUUUCUUUGUAAAAGAAUAUCAACAGAUGCUGACUUAUUCAUUGGCGAUGGAAUUGGAUACAUUGGAAAGCCAUAUAUUACUUGCUUACGCAUUGAUCUUGAAUAACAACAUGAAAAGAGCUGAGAAAACAAUUAAUUCCGCUUUCAAAUUAAUUGCACAACAACACAGCCAAAAAUUCAAAUCUUUGUAUUCCCAAGUAUAUCCAAUUAUUGUACAGUCACAGAUCCUUUACGAACUGACAGAAGUCAUCAACUUCCAGGGAAAUCCUCCUUCAAAAGUCUGGAGAAACAGGUUCAUCAACUGCGAGCCAACAAGUGAAGUUUUGUGGGAUAUUUUGAAGCCGAGAUUAGUUUAUGCACAAGAUGACACGAAAGGAUUCAUGAGAGGAUUAACAAUAUUUUUACAUGAAAAACAGUUUAACAUGUUCAAUUUCAUGAUGAAAUUCCAAUACCCGAAUUUCAACACACACACAGCAUCACCGAGUAUUGUUCUCCAAUACUUAAGAUAUCUGUGGGCGUUGGGACAAAGACACGAAGCAUUGAGAAUGUCGAGGAGUUUGAUGGAAGAAAAUCCGAAAUUGACAAAAUUCCCGAGUUUGAUGAUUGAAUACACGGAUUGGAUGUUUAUUACUAAUGGACAGAACGUGCAAACACUUAACGAUGUCGCUCAAAUCCUUGAGAAUCUGAUCAAGGAAAUAUCAAAUCAAAGAGGUCCUGCAGAUCCUUCAAUUUCUUUACUGAAUGAAAAAUGGGCAAUUGCCAAUUUUAUGCUGUUCAAACAGGAUAAAAGCAACAUGAACUACGCAAUCAAUGCUAUAAGAGGUUUCGUGCCUUGUAUAACUGCUCAAAUCUCUGUCAAUUUCGUUGAUUUGGCUCAAUUAAUUUCUGUUUUCUUCGAAUCUGUCAUUGACGAUCAAGUUUUGAAUGUAACUAGUCAGAUUUUUUCAAAAAUUCCUCCAAUUAAAUUUGUCGAUGCCAUUCCACAGCUUAUUUCACAACUAGGACAUGAGAACCAACGUGCUGCAGACAUUUCAGGCGAAAUCAUCAAAAGUUUGAUGAAAUCUUCCAUCCAAAGUUUAGUUUUUCCUCUUUAUGUCGGAACAGAGAGCGCAAAUGACAAUUUGCACAAGAACUGCAAGAACUUGAUACAAUUAGCUUUGAGGUUCUUUCCAGAUAUAACUAGAGAAGCCAAGAAACUUCGACUUUCUCUUAUAAAUGCUGCAUCAACAUUGUUUGAAAAAUGGACAAUGUUUGCGCCAGAUUAUUUAGAAACUUUGAUGGAUAAUGUUUCGAAUCAUGUUUGUCCAAUGGACAGAUUGUUCUUGAGAUUGAAUUUCGAGAACAUUGAACAGAUAACUAACAUAUUAAGUGCAGGAGGAGAUCCAUCUUAUUUUGUAGAAUUAGUCAAAGCUAAUUCAGAGAAAUUUAUUUGUUCAAUAGAUAAUAUCAGAUUGUGCGAUGUCACUGAGAAAAACACAGAGAUAAAUGUCUCACAUAUAUUAGUUCCUGGCGGACCUCCAAGUGUCUACAUUGAGAAAAUCAAAGACGCUUUGGAAGUAUUGCCUUCUAAACAGCAUCCGAGAAGAUUAGAAAUGAUUGGAACUGAUGGAAAACAAUACAUUUUCCUGUUGAAAGCGAAUGAAGAUUUGCAGUUAGAUUUGAGAAUGAUGCAGUUCUUUUCUUUGAUUAAUACUUUAGUUAAGAAAGAUUUUAGUUUGGCAAGCGAUUCGAUAUCUUUGAGAUUAUACAAUAUACUGCCAUUGAGUACUGACAUUGGUUUGAUACAAUGGAUUGAUGGAAGCGAUGCUUUGCAUAAUUUGAUUACAGAAUACAGAGUUUUCCAUGGAAUUGAUCAAGUUAUUGAAGGUCAUAUGAUGUGCCAGAAAUCUAUCAAUGAUUUCAAUAACUUAAGGCCAAUACAAAGAUUGGAAAUAAUCAAUGAAACAGAUGUAGAAACAUCUGCUGAUGAUUUGAGAAAAGUUUUUUGGCUAAAAAGUCCGUCAGCGGAUGCUUGGCUUGAAAGAUCACUUCACUUCCAGAAAUCAAUGGGAAUUUCAUCGAUUGUAGGUUAUAUUUUGGGUCUUGGAGAUAGACAUGCCUUGAAUAUAAUGAUAGAUCGAUCAAGUGGUGAAGUUAUUCACAUCGAUUUCGGAGACUGUUUCGAAGUUGACAUGAGAAGAGUUGUUUUUCCUGAAUUGAUUCCGUUCAGACUGACAAGAAUGAUUAUUAGGGCCUUCGGUAUUGGGGGUGUGGAUAGUGACUUUAGAGCUGUCUGCGAACGUGUUGUGAAUGUAGCAAGAGAGAAUUCGACACCUUUGAAAUCUGUUAUCGAAAUGUUCUUGAAUGAGCCAGGAGAAGAUUAUGAUAACGAUGAAUACACAAGAGAACAAAUCAUUUCAAGGCUAUGGGAUAAAUUGAACGGAAAAGAUUUUGAUCCAGAAAUUGCAUUAAGUGUUCCUCAACAAGUAUCGGCAUUAAUAGAAGCUGCCCGCAAUAAAUAUAACUUGGCACAUCUUUAUAGCGGCUGGUGUCCUCUUUGGUAA